AUGAUCGCCACCAAGCUCUUCCUCUUUUCCCUCCUCUCUUCGCUCGCCAUCGCAGCUCCUUCGCCGUACCCGGGCGACAAGUCCGAAUCUAGCAUGGCCUCUGAGGAUUCCGCUUCCGGCGAGUCUAGUGACAAAGCUGCCUCCUCUGCUUGGGGGUACAACGCCUACGGCGACUCUAGCCCUUCCUCUUCUUCUGGAGACUCUUCAUCAUACGACCAGUCGUCUUCCGACUCUUGGUCUUACGACUCCAGCAAAGACUCUGGGUCUUACGAAGCCGGGUCGAGCUCUUCUUCUGCCGCUUAUGAGGAAUCUACUAGCAAGGCAUCUUAUGACUCUGGGUGUGGUGAUUCGGGUUGUAAGGGGACUACUAAAGUGACUGAAAAGACUAUCACGUCAACCGCCGACAAGUCCUACGAGACUCCAAAGUACGGCUCUGGUUCUUCAUACACCGGUGACUUGGACAGUUGCUUAAAUAUGUGCCAAAAGCAAUUCGGUGGUGGCUCUUACGGCUCUUCCGACUCUGCCACAUCCACCUCCGUCUCAUACGAGUCUUCCGAAACCUCUGCCUCUUCCUCCUCCCAAAACGCCACUUCCACCUCUUCGGCCAACGGUACAACCCACACCGUCAUCGUCGCGCCCACCAUGGGCGUCCUCCGCUUCGUGCCCUUUGCCGUCACCGCCGCGGAAGGCGAUCAGAUCAUGUUCAAGUGGGGCGCGGGGCCGCACACGGCGACGUUGAGUCAGGGGGAGAAUGUGUGUAAUAAGAGUACUACGGAGAAUGCUUUCGACUCUGGUAAAUUGAAUGCUACAGAGACGUUCAUGACUAGCGUCACCGCCACCACACCCCAGUUCCACUACUGCACUGUCGGUAUGCACUGUGCGAUGGGCAUGUUUGGUCUGAUCAACCCGCCUUCGGCCGACGAUGCCGCAGCUUCCUCUGCUUCCAACUCUUCUUCCGCCGCUUCCAAUUCGUCCUCUGCGUCGGACAGUGCGAGCGAGGAAGCCACCAAGACGUCCUCGGCACCCAAGGAGAGUUCUACCGCUGGUAAUGGAGAAGGGAAGGAUGCUUGUAACACGAUCGACUGUUGGGUUGGCUCUUGGUCCAAGUCUGGCGCAGAACCUGCCAAGACAGCCGCCGCCGUCCAAGCCGCUUGCAACUCGACUCCCGAAGCUUGGGCAUGGGGCGGUAACUGGGACAUGUCUUCUCUUUUGAGCGCUUCUGUCACCAAGGACAACGUCGUCGAGAAUGUCCUGUACUCUCGAUUGAUGAUCUCCAUGAACCCCGACAUGCUCACCCCAGGCGCUUCCAUGGACAACUUUAUCGCCGCUCCCAACCUCAACGACUUUGCCGCUUCCAACCCCGCCCCUACCUCCUCUGAUGCCGCGGAGGCUACGCCCGAUUCCAUCGCUGGAUCGGCUUCGAGCAAGGGAGUUUCAGCGACGGCUAGUGCUAGUGGAAGUGCGAGCGCGGAACGUGCACAAGGAGCGUCUACGAGUGGAGCUGGCCGGAUUGGCACAACGAUGUUGACCGCGCUCGUCCCCUUGUUCGCCUGCGCCCUCUUCAGCCUUUCCUAA